CGGAAAAAAAUAAAAUAAAAAAAUCAUCGUCCCCCCCCCCCCCAACAACAAACAAGACCUUUCACUUUCCUCCCAAAAUAUUUCUUUCUUCUUUUAAUUGAUUUUGUCUAGUGAAUCGGUAAGGAAGACGCACUUGGCCAUUCAAGAUAGGGAAGCAUUCCAACACUAUAUAUUCACGCGCAACGGUGAAUUAUUCCGGAUCACCGUUCAGUCUCCUUCAAUCAUCCUCAAUUCUACCCUUCGUCACUCAAGUUUUCAGCCCCCUUACCUGCACACCUCGACAGUACUUCCCCUACUGUAUCACACCUAGGUCAGAGGCAGAUUGACAGACAAAAAGAAAAACAAGAACAAGAAUUUCAACUAUUGAUUCGGGCUGCUUUUGAUCGACUUUGCAUCUCUUCACCAUCAACUUAAUUGAUCUGACCAAGCCAACUCCUAGUCAACCUCUAGUCAACUUCUAGUCGAGGGAUCAUCUGACGCAUUUAUUGAUUGAUUGACUAAACGUAUAACAUUGAACACUUGUCCAUCACAAAAAGUGCAUUUGCGUGCCUUGCAACUUUGCGACUCUGCGACUUCAUCUUUUGGGACCAAGGAUUUGCCGCCGAUCUUGAUACAUAGACUUCUGCUCUCUGAUCUUGCUACAACAAACUUGUCAUCCAAGGAGUUUUGCCUACAAGGUUAGAUUAUCGACAAGUGAAAUCGCCAACUGGUCUGUAUUGUUGGCGCAAUGGCAGAAGCACAGCCGAACGUUCAGGCGAUCCUCGCCGCUUUAGCAGCGGCACAGAAUGGAGGUGUUACUCCAUCAUCUCAAGCUCAAACGCCCUAUGCCAUCCAAAGUUAUCAACAAGGCCCGCCACCUAAUGCAUACGCGACAUUACCCGCCACUACGCAAGCAUCUCCAUAUGCAACCGGAGGUUAUCCCCCCGUACAGCAGUCCUCAACACCUGGAGGUUUUGAUUUAAGUGCCAUUAGACCUAUUACGUCUGGUACUGUCAAUAUUGGUGAGGCUAUUGCCCAAGCCAAGACGUAUGCAACUGAAAAGGGCUUGACUCCAUAUGAGCGACCUCCUGUUGGCUCGUACCAGACGCAUGAUGCUCGUGCUAUGGAUUCAAGAAUUUAUAGAUCGAGGUCAAGAUCGCCUACGCGCCGUGACAAUUUUCGUGACAACGUCAAUCCGUACCGGGAUGAACGACGUAAUGAUCGUGGUGCCUCUGCUCGUGACUACGGUCGUGGUCGUGAUCGUUCUAUGUCGCCCGGCCUUAGUCGUGGCCGCCCUGCUCCAGGAGUAUAUUCGCCUAGAGAUGAUGAUGAUUCUGAAGUAAUCAGCAUUGAGUCAAGCUUAGUUGGCUUGAUUAUUGGAAGGCAAGGAGAGAAUCUCCGACGCGUCGAGUCAGAAACCUCAUGCCGUGUGCAAUUUCUGUCCCCAACUGGCGAGCCUGGCCCGUACCGCCAGUGUAAGAUCACUGGCCUUCGUGCAAGACGUGCUGAAGCCAAGGCGGCAAUCAAUAGAAUUAUUGAAGACAGUGGUAUGGGUGCCCUUGCACGAGCUGGCCUUGAUAAGCCUCAACAUCCUCGUCGCGAGAACAAUACCCCCGUCCCAGCUACACUGCGGGAGGGGGAGGAUUGCAUGCAGAUUAUGGUUCCUGAUCGUACAGUUGGUCUCAUUAUUGGCCGUGGAGGUGAAACUAUCAGGGACUUGCAAGAACGAAGUGGUUGCCACAUUAACAUCGUUGGCGAGGACCAGAGCGUAGAUGGCUUGCGCCCCGUCAACUUAAUCGGCCCACCGAAUGCCGCCAGCCAAGCCAAGGAGUUAAUCCUUGAGAUCGUUGCAAGUGAUAGCCGAAAUGUCAAUAAUGGCACUAGCAACGACGCCACCAAGACACGCGUCCAAAGACCCGAGCAAGUUCGUGAUAAUAGCCAAGGUGCUGGUGACAAGAUCAACGACUCUAUCUUCGUGCCUGGUGAUGCUGUUGGUAUGAUUAUAGGUAGGGGUGGUGAGACCAUCCGAGAGAUGCAAAACACCACCGGGUGCAAGAUCAAUGUUACCGCAUCUGUUCCUGGUCAAUCUGAACGUGAGAUUGGCUUGAUUGGAUCUCGUGAUGCCAUCAACCGAGCCAAACGGGCUAUUGAAGACAAAGUUGAGGCAGUACGCCAGAAGAAUAAUGGUGGCAACCAAGGUCGCCCUCGCAACCAGCAUCGCCGAGAUUGGGAUAACCCUAAUUCCAAUCCCAGCCCGACCCCGAACUAUGGUCAGCAACAGCAGAGCAACCAGGCGGCAGAGCCCACAGCUGCUAACCCUGCAAACGAUCCCUACGCUGCUUAUGGGGGUUACCAACAAUACCUGGCUCUCUGGUAUCAGGCCUAUGCCCAACAACAGCCCGGUAGCCAACCCCAGGGUGAAGCACCUCCCCCUCCGGGAGCUUAAACUUGGAUCAUCUUCUCGACCUUCAUUGCGGGGGUUUACUUGUUGCUCAGAGAGCUCACCGCGUUUGAAGGACCAACUGUUCGGACGGAUUAAUACGGACUUUUCCUCCAUCAUGGCAUCUCCAGCUUUUUAAUCCCGCCACUCACUAUCAGCAGAAGUAUGUUAAGUGUCCUGGACUGGAAAAGACUCGAGUUGUUCAACUUUCUCAGCGAGCUCUUUGGAGCAGACCUCGUUGGUCGGGGGGUUAUCUAUGGGAUUCUCACCCAUUCCCAUUUGGCCUUUCCACGCGAAUAGCCCGCUUUCGAGCUCUUCCUGGUUUACGAAAUUUCCCAUACAUUUUUCGAAUGAACUCGUGUCUUCGUUCGCAUGUGUUGACGUCUUUCUUCUUCUCUUCAUUUUUCUAUUAUACGACCCAAGUCCCCUCCCUCCUGGAAAACAACCGGCCCAUCCCAGAGACUCCACGAACAAGAAGGAGGGUUUAGAGCGAGUGGGUUGCCUGUGUUCAUAGAGAGUAUUGGGCAGAGAUAUAAAGUUGGAAGGGCAACGCAACGCUUUUAGCUGAUAUAGCUACCGACGGCUACUACGGACUAAAAGGAUUUACAGCAAGCGUCUCUUGGGCAAGGAAGGGCAACCGAUAAUAAGACUUAUACACACAGGAAGACACCCACACUCUAAUUGCAAUACUACACGACUGGAUGGCGGUUAAAUGAGGAUAGAGAAGGGGAGGGAGGGAAGGGUA